CUCGAUUUUAGCCCACGUUGAUUACCCCAAUCCUUUCUUACAGAGAUAAGCUCUUCACCAUGGCGCCCCGAAUUGCCAUCGUCUAUUACUCGAUGUACGGCCACAUCGAAAAACUAGCCCAAGCCGAGCUCAAGGGCAUCCAAUCCGCAGGCGGCACCGCCGAUCUAUACCAAAUCAAAGAAACCCUCCCCGACGAGGUCCUGGCCAAAAUGCACGCACCGCCCAAAUCCACCUCCGUCCCGGUCAUCGAAAAACCCGAACAACUCCUCGACUACGACGCCGCCCUCUUCGGCAUCCCCACGCGCUACGGCAACUUCCCCGCGCAGUUCAAGGCCUUCUGGGACCGCACCGGCAGCAUCUGGGCCACCGGCGGGUUCUACGGCAAGUACGCGGGCCUCUUCGUCUCGACGGGCACCCUGGGCGGCGGCCAGGAGUCGACCGCCAUCGCCGCCAUGAGUACCCUCACUCACCACGGGUUCCUGUACGUGCCGCUGGGCUACAAGACGGCGUUCCCGCUGCUGGCGAAUCUGGAGGAGAUCCAUGGCGGGUCGGCGUGGGGGGCGGGGACUUUUGCGGGCGCGGAUGGGUCCCGCCAACCGACGGCGCUGGAGCUUCAGAUUGCCGAGACGCAGGGGAAGUCGUUCUACGAGCAUCUCUCCCGCGUGAAUUUCGCGUGA